GGGGGGCGCUGCGGCCGGCGCGCGGUCAGUCUCCGAGCGGGGCUGGACGACGCUGGCCAGGAGCAAUGCGCGCGGUCGCGCUGUUGUGUGCGGCGCUGGCGCUGGCGCCGCGGGCGCGCCCCUCGCUGCUGCCGCUGGCUGCGGAGCGCCUGCAAGCCUCCGUCGGCGGCUACGCGGUCAUGAACUGCCACCUCGACUUUCCUUUCGGAAAUGAGAUCCCGUAUCACCUCCAAUGGGAUAAAGACGGCGAAAGCAUCUUCUCGUGGUACAGCGGCGACGAGGCGCCGCGGCUGGCGGACCGCUGGGGAGGGCGCGUGCGGCGCGCGGAGGGCGCGGGGCUCGGCGGCGGCGCCGUCAACCUCACCUCCGUGCGCGAGACCGACGCCGGCCUCUACCGCUGCCUCGUCACCUUCCCCAACCGCACGCCGCCCGCCAGGAAUAACGGCACCUUCUACUACCUCGACGUUGACGGUGGCAACUUGAUAGUGACGCCGCCGAUGAACAAGACUGUGAUGGAAGGCGAGAGCGCGGAGCUGGAGUGUCUGCCGAAGAGUCGCGAGUGGGCGGUGCAGUGGUUCCACGAGGACACGAGCAUGGCGGAGCUGCCGGAGCUUGCGGCGCGUGCGCUGCAGGCGGCCAACGGCAGCCUGCUGCUGCGGCACGCGCUCAGCACGGACCCGGGCCGCUACGAGUGCCGCGUGGCCGCGCCCGACGGCCAGCGGCAGAGCGCCAGCGCCUACCUAGACGUGCAGUACAAAGCUAAAGUCGUGUACUCGCCCAAAGAACGGCACCUGCCGUACGGCAAGCCGGCCAGCCUGGACUGCCAUUUUAGCGCCAACCCGCCGCUCACCAACCUGCGCUGGGAGAAGGACGGCUUCCUCUUCGACCCGUACAAUGUGCCCGGCGUAUUCUACAGUCGCAACGGCAGUCUGCUGUUUAAUAAAGUGGACGAGUCGCACGAAGGUGUGUACUCGUGCACGCCCUACAACGCGCUGGGGUCAGGCGGGCCGUCGGGCGGCGUGCGCGUGCGCGUGCAGCGCCCGCCCGCGCUGGUGCAGCGGCCCAGCCCGCUGUACCUCGCGCGGCUCGGCCAGGAGCUCACGCUGCCCUGCUCCGCUGCGCUCGACCCUCCGCACGCUCCGCCCACCGUCGUAUGGACAAGGAAGGACGGAGGUUCGCUGCCCGAGGGGCGGUACUCAAUAGACGACGGCAACCUCACGAUCAGCGAGAUUUCAGAAGAUGAUCGCGGUGUAUACGUUUGCACAGUGAGCAACGAGGCGGACGUCCUCGCGGUCGAGAGCGAACUGCUCAUAGAGAACGUGCCGCCGCGCGCUCCGUACAACCUCACCGCGCUCGCCACGCACGACUCCAUACACCUCUCUUGGGUGCCGGGACAUAAUGGACUCGAUGUGGAGUACAACGUAUGGUACCGAGAACGCACGGACAGCGAAUGGCGAACUAUGAAGAUACUGUCGCGGGGAGUGACCGACGCGACGGUGGUGGGCCUGCGCCCCGCUACGCAGUAUGAGCUUCGCGUGCUGUCGCAAGAUCUCAUAGGGGAUGGACUAUUUAGUAAACCCAUUUUCGUCACGACAUUAGAUGUAGAAGUGAGCGAGGCGGUGAGCGAGUCGGCCGUGGCCGCGACGGAGGCGGCGCCGGGCGGCGGGGGGCGGGGGGAGAGCGGUGGGCGGCGGGGGGAGAGCGGCGGGCAGCGCGCCGAGCUGAGCGGGCCGGCCGAGCUGGACGUGAGCGUGCGCCUGCUGGACGAGGGCGCGCUGGUGCGCUGGGUGCCGCACGCGCCGGGCCGCUGCGCGCUGCGCUGGUACCGCGACGAGCCCGAGCGCACGCUGCUCGCCACGGCGCACACACAUCACGACUACAUACUCGUGAGCGAAGUGGAGGAGGGCGGGAGCUACUGGGCGCACGUGGAGUGCGGCUCGGCGUGGGGCGGCGCGGCGCUGCACGUGCCGCAGUACGCGCGCAUGCGCGGCGUGGCGCUCGGCGUGGGCGUGGGCGCGCUGCUGCUGGCCGCGCUGGCCGCCGCCGCGCUGCUGCUGCGCCGCCGCCUGUGCGCGCCCGCCAAGCGCGCGCGCUGACCGCCCGCCGCCCGCCGCCGCCGCCUGCCGCCUGACACGGGACAGCCUACGUCUAACUCCACUACGGCUGUUGAGCGAGCCCUAUUCCAAUACUAAUUGCGCAAAGAGACUUUGUUUUCGUGUAGGCAAUGUUAUUCGUGAACUGAUAAUCUUAGAAUAUAAAAAAAUACAAAAAUCUUUUUAUUGUUACUACCAAAAAUAAUACAAUCAUGCACUAAUCUCCACUGUAAGAUUCCCUGUGUUGUGGAGAAUAGUCUAAGCUAGUAAAUAAUAUGGUAAUUUGGACCAAGCUCGUGCUAGAUUAAGAUAGAUAGACUAAGAUAAUAUUAGGCACGAGGUAGUACCUCGUGCCUAAUAUUAUUAUCUUAGCUUAGCAUUGGAUUUUAAUUAGAUUCGGAUGUGUUUCAUCUCAUCGAUAAAUUAAGUGUGGGUACAUGUUAUUAGCAUGUAUAAUGAUGAAAAAAAUUACUUACAACAGUAUGAAGUAUGUAUUGAUUACCGUAAAUCUUUAUUUUUAAUAAUAUAAAGAAUAUAAUUUGGAGUAUAAAAACGUCUUGUCAUGCACAAGGUUGGGCUUGUUACAUUUACUACGGAGUACGGAAUAAUUGAUAUAUCUAAGCUAACAAUCUAACAUAUAAAUAAAUUAUAUUAUUAUAAUGUAUGACUUGGAUUAUAUUCUUUUGUUCCGUAUUAUAAAAUAACUUUCAACCAGAUUUCUGAUAUAUCUGAUCCAAUAGGUAGUCACAAUCGAAAUAAUCGGACUCGCGACACAAUGCGAUCCGUAGGUACAAAUAAGCUAUAGUAAAGUAUGUAUUUUUUUCUUUGCCCUCUAAAGCCCUCUUUAUUAUGUAUAUUAUGGUAUUAAUUUAAUAAAAUAACUUGUAC